AUGGUGCGGCUAGUGACUUUUUUGGCUUUUCCCCGGUGCCAAAUGCAUUGUUGGCGCCUUCAACAGAGGGGAAGACACAAGUAUACGUCCACUGUGGCUCAGAAGUAUAAGGAAGAGCUACAUCGUCGUGCUGCACAGGAUGCUGGACCCCUUGGUGUUCGCUCUGCAUUUGCUGUGUCAGGCGCUUCUUCCUCUUCCUCCGCCGGCGCCGCUAAGGGAGGAGGGAGCAAGACCACUUCAGACGACAUGGACUUUUUUGAUGAGUGGGACUCAGCGAUAACACCUACUACAACAGCUCCAGCAACGAGUCAAGAGGUUCCAGCCCCUCCUAUUGCAGAUGUAGAUGCCGGUGCCACGGCGGUCCCCAUGAACGAGACAACGCAGCCAAAGCCCCCGUCAUCUGCUGCUACUUCCACUCCUGCUGCUGUGCCGCGUCCGGUCUCAUCUGCAUCUUUGCGUGCCAAGGCCCGUCCCGCAAGUACGCUAGGUGCUGUGCGCUCUAGCGGCGGUACUGCUUUGGGUGCACGACCUACGAAAUUAGGCCUCGGCGUGCGUAAAACCAGCGUGCCCGUUAACUUUGACGAGGCUGAGCAACGUCUGAAAAUGGAGCAGGAAAAAGCUGCACAAGCCGCGAAAGAGGCGCAGGCUUUGGCAGAUGCAGACACGGCGACGAAAACACCACCAGCAACACAAGCCCAGACAUUGAAUGCCGAGAGUCUCGAGGGUUCCAAUGGCGUGCCUGGAACAACUUCAGCCCCGGUCAAAGCAUCUCUAUCGAAGGGCAAGGGUGCCGCCAAUUUGAAGAAUAAUGCUGGCGUGGAUCGUUUGGGCAUGGGAUUCCAGCGUCUUGGACUUGCUCAGGCACGUACGAAUGCAUCGUUGCAGACCAAAUCGACCACCUCACCAACCGAUGCAAACGAAUCGAACUAUGCGCGCCAGAACUUUGCAUCCCAAAAAUCUAUCUCGAGUGACCAAUAUUUCCAACGAGGCGGCUACGAUCCUAAUCUCUCCGCAGAAACGCAAGCACGUCUUGCAAAUUUCCAAGGUCAGACAUCCAUAUCGUCAAAUCAGUAUUUCGGUCGGGACGAAGAGGAGGAAGAUGAUGUGCCUGCACAAAGUGACGACUUCUCUGACUUGGAGGCAUCUGCACGAGCGUAUUAUCGAAAAUUCAUGUCAAAUCCAGAUGUGCAGAACGGUCUGGAUAAACUUCGCGCGGGUGCGCUGAAGCUGUCACAAUAUCUCGAGGACAUGAGUCGAAAUGGAGCGUGA